UCUUCUAAAAGGCGAAAGGAAAAAAGAAGGCUCCGUCAUGUCGCGUCACCAUCCCGAUCUCGUUAUGUGCAGAAAGCAAACAGGCAUCGCCAUCGGCCGCCUUUGUGAUAAAUGUGAUGGCAAGUGUCCAGUAUGCGAUUCCUACGUCCGGCCUACCACCCUAGUGCGCGUGUGUGAUGAAUGCUCCUUUGGCAAUUUCCAGAAUAAAUGCAUAGUGUGCGGCGGAGAAGGGAUCAGUGACGCGUUCUACUGUUUCGAGUGUACCAGACUAGAGAAGGAUAGGGAUGGAUGCCCAAAGAUUAUCAAUCUGGGUAGUUCGAGGACGGAUUUGUUCUUCCAACGGAAACAACAUCGUGCUGGCGCUGGGGGUGGUGCGGGUGCGGUUGUGUGAUACG